ACUAUGGCUGACUUCAAGUUUGCAGUCGGUGAACUAGUCUUAUUUAAGGAUGAUUUAAGAGUUAUUAUGGAGCGUUCUUAUUACCAAACAAAUAAAGUAUAUUUCAUUUCAAAAUUAGGGGAAAAUGAAAUGACAUGGGCAAUAGAGAGUGAUUUAAAAUGCAUAGAACUCUCAGAGUCUGGUUUCGAUGACCAGGAAAAAAAUUGACCAGAUUGUCCCGAUUGUGCCAAAUGACACUGAGUGUGAGAUCAAGGACGUCAAACUUGGUGAGAUACAAGAGCCUGAACAGCCCAAUCAACAAUCACGGUUUCAUAAUCCUAGCGAAUCUGAAAUAUCAAAACUUGAAGACAGUCGACAUGAAACUACAACAAAAACGCAAACCAAAUGGGCCAUAAAAAUUGUAAAAGAAUGGUGUACAGAACAGUUGAAGAUGACUUUAGAUGAUAUGAUUUCGUCGGAAUCAUUUCCUGAACACCUCAGAGAGUUCUACGCUUCAGUUCGACAGAAAAAUGGUGACAAUUAUUCAAAGAGUGCCUUGAAUAGCAUUCGUGCAGGGAUCCAAAGAUAUUUGGACAAUAGGGGUAUUUCCAUGGAUUAA